AUGGGAAACCCUCAUCCACAGCAGCAACAACAACUGCAGCCGCAGCAACAGCCCCAGCAGCAGCAACAGCCCCAGCAGCAGCCACAACUGCAGACACAGCGACCGGUAGUGGUUGUACAGCCGCAGGAAGAUCCACCGCAACGCCUCCACACCCCUCGAAGCAAUUCCAUAGGACUCCCUAGAGGAGGUACGCCUUCACAGGUGGAGGCCCCUGAGAGGCUUCCUACAGACCCUCCUGCUCAAUGCCAGCUUAAUGCUGGAGCGUUGGCCCUCUUCGCCCCUUCUAUCCGCACGCCACCACCCCGACGGCACUCCGCCAACUUCAAAGGGGAGUGGAGGGGCCCUCCCCCUCCUGAGUUGUCUCGACACACCCCCUCGACGUCAUCGAGGACGAGACACGCAGGGGCUCGCCGUACCAAAGGCCACCCACUAGCUGCUGAAGAGGCCAAUCAGCCUGCGGACACAACGACGCAGAAUUGCCACCCAACCGCUGGCCAUGAGGUUUCUAGGGAACCGCAUGUAGAAGCUUCGCACCCGCAGCAGCAGCACCUAGAGCACAACCGACUGCAACUGCAACAGCAGGAGGGACAGCCGGAGGGCCGUCUCCACACAGGCAAUACGGGCCCUCCAGGCGAAAGAGAAGCCUCUGAAAAUUUGGGUACAGUCGCGCCAGCGAUAGUUAUCUCACCGCCAGACGGUUUUGCCGGGGAUCGAGCCCCACCUCUUUCGGAUCUACAGGAGCAAAGCAACUCGCCUGCUGCUGCUGCUGAUCAAAUCCCCAGCACCACGUUUGGUGGAGCUGCUGCAGCUGCACCGCACCCGUUUGGUGCAAUUAGGGACGUUAACGCAGAGCUGCUCCCAAACUCCUUGCCAAAGCCUCCUGAAGAGAAGCGCCAGGGGCAGCAGCACCAGCAGAAGGGUCCGCGCGGUUCGUCUGGGAGGAGCCGCAGGGGCAGGCAGAGACGGGAAUGUGGCGCUCGAAGAGAGCUCUCCGGUAGCCAGCUGUCUUCAGGGGACCGUUUCGGGCCGUCCGAAUCCAUAAGUCAAGCUGCAUGCACUAGCCAGGGACCUGGUGAGGAUGAAUGUUGGGGCGCCUUGUCGUACUGCGGAGUCCCUCGUAAGCCCCUGCAUGCAGCACACAUACUCGAGCUCUCGCCGCUGCUGCUGGCGAAAGUGCUGCAGCUGCUGCCGGUGGGAUCAGCAACAGCAUUCGGUUCCACCUGCUGGAGAGCCCGCCGUGUGCUUCUAUCUUACUCUUGCAUUGUAUCUCUUUCGGCACGAAACGUCUCCUCUCUUCUGUCGCUGCCUCCAGCUGCACUCAAGAGGCAGUUGCCGUUCCUGUCGGGUCUUAAAAGUCUCGAGAUAGAGCUCACCUCGGCGGUGUCCCCUCCCCUAUUUCUGGGAGCUGCAGCAGCAGCCGCAGCUGCGGCUGCCGCUGCUGCUGCAGGAAGUUUGCUGAGACCUACGGAUGCAGGGUACGAACAGGUGGGAAUCAAUAGUAACGUAUGGAAUGAGCAAGCCCACACUCCUAGAGGGACACGCGGGGAGAGAAGGCCGCAGCAGCAGCGAAGCGCUAGUAGCAGCCGACAGCAACAAGUAGUCCAACAAGAAGGAGGGCCCGAAGGCCAGAGGGACGCAACCGCUGGAAGGCUCUCUGCAGUGCCUUCUCUUUCUCGUCUAUCGUGGGCGUAUGGUCUUGUACAAGGAAGAGCACUUGAUUUCCUGCGCGUACAGCCAGCUUUUUGUGGGGCAGCACCUGCUGCUGGGGAGGCCCAACCCCCUGCAGGUGCACCUCCGUCCCCACCGUCACCCUGGACCACCUACACUGCAGCUAAUGCUUCGCCGCUGCUCACCUCGCUGUGUCACCUCAAGUCUCUCUCGGCUAAACUCAAGCUCUCACCCACAGGAAGCCAGGGGGAUGCUCAAGCCUCCAUAGAGCUACUGCUCCUCCUGCAGAUGCUGCUGCACAGAAACGCCCACUCUCUUGCUUCAGUAAAAAUCGCAGUCGACCUCUCAGCCUCCUCAGUGACAUCGAACUUGUCGAUUUCCCUCGGAUUCUCAACCCUCUCGAUCCACUCAGCCCAGAGACUAAUGCUUAUGAAAACGGGGGUACUUUGGCGGGAGCCCACAAGCACAGAAGGAUCGGCAUGUCCUUGUUGCCCAAGACAGCUCUCGUCUGGCGACACCGAUUGUGAAGCUUCUUCUGCGGCUGGCUGUACUUACCAUGCAGCUUCAAGAGACAGUUGUUGCGCACUUCUUGAGGUCGAAGAGACGGUGCUUGAGCGUCUAAAGGACCAACUGGGGGCGCCAGUCCCAUCUGCUCAAGCGGCAGCUGUCGCGGGAAGGAUUGAGGCUUCAGCAAUCAGAAACACUGACGACCCACAUUGGGUUCAGCCCCAUGUUGUCGCGUACCUUCUGUUAAAUGAUAGCAACAUAAUAGCUAUACAUUCGGACGGGUCUCUUUGCAUGAUUCGCCGCAAGGAAAAGCCCCCAACAGGCCCCUCACGAAUUUUCGGUGGAAGUCAGGCGGUCGCUCUCUUAAGGCGCAGGGCCAUUCUGUUGAGUGAGCUGUCCGCCGUUGCCGGAAAUCCAUUUCUGUACAGAAUGAAUUCGGGCGCUGUACAUCAACCGCACGGUGACUCUGGCCCUGACACGUCACUUGCGCAACUCAGCUUCGCAUCUGCAGAGCAGCAACAACUGCUGCAGCAGCAGCAGCAGCUGCCGCAAGCUCAGCAGCAGCCGGGCAACCCAGAAACCCUUGUCAGCGCCCCGCCUGCGCGUGGCACAAGGCCUCCACACAACACCAGCGUGCAGCAGCAAAAUCAGCAACACGAGAGAGCGACGCAGGAGCUAUUAGUCCGCGCUCUGCAGCACCUUCUUGAAGUUGGGGCAGAAAGUCUGCAACUCUUAGACGUGGACGGGGAAGUCCGGCACUUCUCAGUUUUGCAUGAACAACUCAACUUCAAAUGCCUGCGUCGGCUAUCCCUUGGGUGGACCAUCACACCAGAGCUGCAGCAGCUACUGUUUUUGUUCAGCAGCAAGAAGCUGCGGUCACUGCAAAAGUUGAACUUCAAUGGCCCCGCCCAAAUCCAUCCGGAAGCCUAUAUACACAUUAAGCACAUUGGCAGCCCCAUCAGCAGCAACUGCUGCAAUGCCUGGGGCGAGCCGUAUGCGGCUCCCCUGGACGAAGCGACGCUAAGGCGCAGCGCAGGUCUCAACAACUACGGGUUGGGCCAAAUUCAUCUCCAGUUGUACGCCCUCCUCAACUGCGGAGCUUGCAGCGUCUCACAAAUAGACUAUGCACGCCAGCAGUUGCUGCAGCAGCAGUUACAAAUGCUCGGCAGCUACAAAAAGAACAGAGGCAUCGUGAAGGAGAUCAAAAGCCAGAGCGACCCGCUGUGCCUUGAGAUGGAGUAUGAGGCGCUGAGAGUCCCGACAGCAGAAGAGGAGGCUUGCAAAAACCGAAACCAGGACCCAAACGAUGUGAUCUGUUUAACUCCGGAGACGUCCUCUCAGACAAGCAGCAAGGAACUCCCAGAAACCCAGAAGCAGCCGGUAGAUUCUUGCAGCAGCGUCACUGUGGAGUUCAAUCGGAUGUUGCUUCAGGAGGGAAGAGCGGGGCUCAACAAGCCUGAACCGACAAAUGGAAGCUCUUGUCGCCAUCGAGUUCAGCAGGCAGGUUCUUGGCUGUGGCGCGCUAUUCCGUCCUCCCUGCGUGGUCUAGCGGGAUCCCGAGGAUGCGUUAGCGAGGCGGCACCUUUAGAACCUCAACUAGAGGUUGCGGAAGCGACUCAGAAUGAAGGGAAAGUAAACGUGCAACCUUCCCCACAGCGUGGGCAACCGGAAGAUAACGCCUCCACUCCUGCUGUUCAGAAAUACCCUCCUGAUGGCCCACCGCACGACGCUGCGGCGACUGCAACGCGGCAGCAAGACGGCCUUCCUGCACGCAGACGCAGGCCCUCGGCGAGUGCAGAAGGAAACCGACAUUCCUCCGACACACAACGAACAGCAGCAAUAAUUCCAUCUGGCGGACCCCGCCCAAAGAGGCGGCGGCUGGUGGAAGCGGCGUUGGGUGGGCAAAGAGGCUCACACGCAACGAAGGUUGAGGCUCUUAGGAGGCAUCUUGCUGCGUUUGCUCGAGAGCAUCUGCCGCUGCUAGGUGACCUCGUGUGUCCCCAUCUGGAGGCUCUUGGUUCCCUUGCUGGGGCCUCUAGGCCAACUCAAGAUGAAAUGCCGCCCCCUGUAGAAUAUGUCUCUAAGGAGUUAUCCGAACCGCAGUUGAGCCUGAGGCGCGCAGAAUUGCAGGUUUUGAAGGGUGUUACAUCUUUCUUGCUGGGUGCUGCGGAAGAAUUUCUUGGGCCAAUGCUGGAGGAGCCUGAGAGCAGCAGAGACACUAGUAAAAAUGACAGCUGCAACGACAGCAGCAAGGACAGCAGCAAACUCAACAGCGAGACCCUUGAGCGAGUGUCAAUGAGUCCUCCCACCUUACCUGGUCGUUGCCACCAUCAGGCCUCCAGAAGCUCCAAUGGUGGUUCUGUGGCGGCAGCACAACCACAACCGGCCCACGCAUUACAACCCUUACUUCGUGAGCUUCAGCGGCAGCAAGAGGAAGACGAUGAGCUGUCUUUGUUACGUCUCCUACAGCAUUCUCCUUCCCCCCGCACCAGCUGGUCCCACGGUGUUUUCUUCAAGUAUGCAUACGUUGACCUUGACUUUGAGUGCCUUGCCACCUUUCGCAUCUGCCUUUGUCACCACCCGCUAUUCAUUUUCUACAAAGAGCAUGAGAAAGGUCUCCAUGUGCUGCACGUUGACGGGGUGUUCAAUGCUGGAGCGGACAGUGCCCAGGAGAAGACAGAGCUGUGGAGAGAGCGCCUUUCAUACAACUACGUGUGCGACCCUGCGAUUCCAUUCGAUCAGCAGCCGCAGCAACUCCAGCAGCAACAGCAGCAACAGCAACAGCAACAACAGCAGCAACAACAGCAACAGCAACAUGACCGACGCCCUCAGCCCUCUCAAGAGAGUCAGGAUGCAACUGAGGCUCCCGGAGCAAACCAGCAGACUUCAUCGCGGAGUUCCCGCAGGGUUGGAAACAAUGCCGGCGUCAGAGAGUCAUCUACGGAGAGAAAUGGAAACCGGUAUGAUAGAUCGGCCCGUAUUCAGCUGCCUGCAGGAUCGAUGGCUGGGUGCAGGGACCCUCUUCUAGCAACACCCCCGCCACGUCGAGAGGGAGACAUACGGCUGUGUUCUGCAAAGGCAAGCAUUUGCCGUACACUUUUCUUGCCCACACGAGUAGAGGAGGAGACGCCGUCUACAUUGCUACCCCAUGUGGGACCUCAAAUGACUGUCCUAUCCCUGUGUCGCGACCAAGUUUGCCCUCCCAGUCUUUCCCAGUACUUAGCUGCCCUUAAACGACUUUGGGCCGAGACACUUACACAGCAACAACGGGAUAUCUACAAUAACAUUAUAACUCCCAAAUACAUUGCUCGGCGUCUAAAAGCUCCCGACCUUACAUUCGAAGCUCUUCCACCGUGGUGGCAACAGCAGCAGCAAGCGCAAAGCCGCAGGCGGCCAAAGGGUGCAGGCGGUGCCCUGCCUAGUGUAGACGGGCAUCCGCCUGCCAGCACUCCAGAAAGCCUUUAA